AUGAGUUUUUCGAAACCCAAUUUACCACCAGCAUUGCCAGUGGCAAUAAAACGAGAAAAAGAUGAAACGUUUUCUCUAUCUGGUUCCGUAUCUAUUCCUGGUAGCAAUGGCAGCAGCAUUUUACGUAAAGACUCUAUUGGCUGGGGUGCCGAAGAUUUUUUGGGAAUGAUUUCACACACCCCACCAGCUUUUUCGCCUGGUAGUUUGACUAUGCCCAUGACCAAAAGAGGGCGUAGUGGCAGCAUAUCGAGUCGUCUGUUAAGUGCCUCGGAUCUAGAAGAACGUGGCUACAUUGACAGAUACCAAAAGGGUGUACUUAAGGACCUUAUUAUCAGCGGAGACGAAGCACUCCAAAAAGCAUUGGAAAAAUUUGAUGCCGGUGAUCCAACUACACUUGAAGCCAUGUUGGACAGUGGCGCACUGAAUCGAAAAUCAUCGUCAAUUGAUCUUUUGGAUGAUCUGGAUCUUGGUUUUCUCAAUGUUGGCUCCUUGGGUGAUACCCCUAAAGAUGAGUUUCAAUCAGGAGCAAGAAACCAAUCACUGGAUGAAUGGGAUGAACUUGGUUUCGACUCGUCUUUUGCAGAUGUUUCUGCUCGUGAUAUUUUAGACGGAGAGUUCUAUAGCUCUUCGCUUGGCGCUUCUUUGCCCAAUUCAUUGCCAUCCAUGGGUCUUGGGAUUACUCCACCUGCAGGUUUCAGUUUUGCAGAGGACUUUUUGGAAAACAAAGUUAAAACUGAGCCGGGACGCACAACAGAUGGCAAAAAUAAUGGAUCUAGUGGUAAAGCCAGCACGGGUACCACCACAGCAAAUACUUCGUCUGCAGCUUCGAUCGCCGCAGUCGCAUCAAGUCUAUCAACAUCUCGUCCCAUUGGAAUUCCAGGAGCUGCUAGUGCUGGCAUUGCACGAACAUUCGGUGGUAUGGACGGGACUAAAGGAAAAGAUGGUCAGAAGCAGAAUUUUGUGGGUGUUUAUUCGCCCGACUCGAGACAAAAACGGAUUGAAAAGUUUCUUGACAAGAGACAGAAACGUGUAUGGCGGAAAGAGGUCAAGUAUGAUGUGCGCAAAAAUUUUGCCGAUUCACGACUGCGAGUAAAGGGCCGUUUUGUGAAAAAAGAGGACGAGCAAUUGCUGCGUGAGUUGCUGAGCUUUACGUAA